UUAUUUGACGGUGGGGAGGGUUUGGGUUCAGUUGGAAUAUAUAAACCGUGUGCUAAAAGAAAUUCCGGUUAGUGAAGCCACUAGAGUCAUCAACAAGUUGAUCAAUUAAAAAAUUAAAAGUAAACAAAAAUGUUGAUGUUAUUGAUGAUACUAUCCACUUGUUCUGCUGAUAAAUUGCCAACAGAAAUUGUAAGAAUGCCAAAACAAUUUGGUGAUUUAACAAUGAAACACUCAGACAGCUCAUUUUAUUCAACAUUAUUUCCAAAAUAUUUUAUUAUACAGUUUGACAGGCCAAUUGUAUCACCAAUAUUUACAAAUGAAGGACCAGGAUUGUCUCAUGUAUCAACAACAUCAUCAUCAUUUAGCUACGGUGGUAGACCAAUUUACGACUACAAAAUUCAUUUGAAACCGAUUUAUAGCUUUCCAAAUUUAAAUCCAGUUUAUCAUCCAAGUUACGAGCCUCAAUAUCCACCUCAAUUUCCACAGUAUCCACAGUAUCCAUCUGUUCAAAUUCCACAAAUACCACAACGACCACUGCCACCAUUACCACCAUCGUCAACACCACCACCAACUCCGGCUCCAAUGUUACCACCAUUUAACAAUGAAGACAAUGAUGAUAAUGAUGAUCGUAUUGAAAAGCUAGAUGAAAAAGUUGAUCCAUCAAAUCCAAAUGUUGAAAAUUUCGAUGACACAGUAACAAUUGAAUCAAGUGAUUAAAAUAUUUUUUUUAAAAUAAUAAAAUUUAAAAAUUAAAUUUUUUGUAUAUUACAAGGGCGAUAAUUAAAAUUUUUAUCAAUCUCGU